AAUUUGGAGACUCCCUUCCUUCGAAAAAUCCAUCGAAAGUGCAAUUUGGCAGCGGCUGUGGGGUUUUUGUGCUGCGCCGAGAGACUGCACGUGGAGUUCCUCCGCUCAGCUUGGCCAAGCAGCUGCGGGACUCCCUCCACUCUGCGCUGCCAGCAGUGUCAGCGUGGGUUUUUGGGGAGCGACUACACUGCCAGGAGAAACUUCAUCCCGCGGCUCCUUCCAAUUUCCCUAUUGCUUAUUCUGGAUCCCAUUAUUGGGAUCCCUCUCCCUCGGGAGCUUUCCUUGGAGCCAGGUUCCUUCCCCCGUGUCCCGAGAGCGGGGUGAGGGGCGAGACUGAAGAACUGGGGAACCGCAGCUGAUGUUCUGCCUCAAAAUCGCAGCCGCCAGCGUUCGGUGUCUCUUGGCCUGUCCCCAAAAGCUCGGGCCUGGCGGCAGGACUUUCUCCAGCCCCUCCGGCUGGUUUGGGUGCAGGAAAGGGCUCUUUGUACCCAACGGGGCCACCGUGUACCUGACUCUCGGUAGGGUAAUGCCCUGUCCCCUGCCUCCCCGCUCCUCACGCGGGGCGAAAAUUGCCAAGGGAGCCCCACGCCCCUCGAACACAGCACCAGAAAUACCUCUGCUUAUGAGAGAGGGACGUAAAACCACCAGGAGCCGGGGAGCGGCUGUGGCUGGGGAGGAAUGCUGCCUUCCCAGCCCGGUGCCGUGGCUGCUGGUUUGUUUUGGGGGUUUUUUGUCUAUUUUGGGGCGUGCUAUUUGCGAAAAGGCUUCCCCCUGUAAUUACCAGUUGAUUUAACGCACCAUUUAAGCUGUCAUUUACAGCCGCCUGGUAGGGAGCGCUUGGCAAGCGAUGCCUCCAGCCCUACAAAGUUGCUUCUCGAGCUGGUCACGCCUCAGACGACACCAGAGCCCCUGGGCAGCAGCAGCAGUCGCCGUUGUCUCCUCUUCCUCGAUAGAAAAAUGUCCCUCUCGCACACGGCCGCCGAGUACAUGCUCUCCGACGCUCUCCUCCCAGAUCCCGGCGGUUCCCGAGCCAAGGGCCUGCGGUUGGAGCUGCCGAGUGAUCGCCUGCUGAAGUUCGUCACCGUGGGGCUGCCCCUCUUCCUCGUCUCGCUGGCUUUCGCCCGGGAGUUCUCCGCCGGCUCGCAGAUCAGCUGCUUCUCGCCCACCAACUUCACGGGGAAGCAGUCCGCCUACGUGGACACGGCUUGCUGGGACUCCCUCCUCCACCACGGCUUCGACACCGAGGGACACGCUGUCACCAAGUCCCUCUGGGCUCUCAAGGUCUUCCCCUACUCGCUGCUGGUGGUGGCGGUGCUCAUGUACCUGCCCUACCUGCUGUGGCGUUACGCGGCCGCCCCCGCCCUCCACUCCGACCUCCUCUUCAUCAUCGAUGAGCUGGACAAAUCCUACAACCGCUCCGUGCGCCUGGUGCAGCACAUGAGGAAGGUCCAGCAGGCCAGCGCCGAGCCGGAGCGAUUCUGGGAGGAAUACGAGAGGGCCCGCCGGGAGAGGUAUUUUGAGUUCCCGUUGCUGGAGCGUUACCUCACCUGCAAGCAGCACGCCCACUCCCUGGUGUUCAUCUACAUCCUGAGGAACCUGCUGCUGCUCUUGUUCUUGGCUGCCACCUGCCUCUACCUGGUCUUCCUCCACCUCAACAUCUUCUUCCAGGACGAGUUCAGCUGCUCCAUCAAAACGGGGCUGCUCCAGGAGGAGCCCCACAUCCCGCCGCUCAUCCCCUGCAAGCUGGUCUUCUUCUCCGUCUUCCAGCUCAUCAGCCUCUCGGUCGGUGGCGUCUACGUCCUCCUCAUGCCCGUCGUCAUCUACAAUGCCCUGCAGCUCUGCCAGUGGGACAAGGGGCUGCUCUCCGUCUACGAGAUGCUGCCCGCCUUUGACCUCCUCAGCCGCAAGAUGCUCACCUGCCCCGUAAACGACCUCAAUGUCAUCCUCCUCUUCCUCCGGGCCAACAUCUCCGAGCUGACCUCCUUCAGCCGCCUCAACGCCGUCAGUGCCUUGAGGGAAGCCACCGCCAACAAGGAGGACAUCGACACCGUCGUCGACUUCAUGACGCUGCUGGCCGGGCUGGAGACCACCAAGCCCAAACCCCCCGAGGCCGACGGCAGCGUGUCCCUCCCCAACGGCGGGGCUCUAGAAGCGAAGCCUGGAGUGCAGGCGAUGGGAGAAGCCUCCCGGGACUCGCUCGGCUCUGCCUGACCCUUCGGGACCUGCCCAGUUGGUCUACUGGGAUCCAGUUUGAUCCAAUUCCUUCCUG